AUGACACCCAAGGGCACCACACUGAAGUUUGUUGUUUUAUUGCAGUCUGCCUGCAGUGCCAUCGAGGUGAACUGUUCUCUGCCGGACCAACCCACCCUGCUGAAGGCUCUGAAUCCAGUCUUUAACCUGAGCGCCAUACGACCUGUCAUGAACAUGGAAACCCGCACCAAUGUCACCAUGUACUUCACCUUGUACGGGAUACUCGGAGUGGAUGAAAAGGCUCAACUCCUGCUCACCUACCUUUGGCAACAUUAUUGGUGGCAGAACGAGUUUGUCAGGUGGGACCCGAUCCAGUGCGGCACCAAUAAGAUUUCCCUUCCCAGGAAGAAGUUUUGGGUGCCAGAUAUUGUAAUCAAUGAAUUUAUGGAUGAAAACACAGCCCCCUAUGUCCCGUAUAUGUACCUGUAUAGUGAUGGUAAGGUGCACGAUUCUCAACCAGUCCGAGUUGUCAGCUCCUGUAACCUCGAUAUCUACACCUUCCCCUUCGAUAUACAGAACUGCACUUUGACUUUCAACUCCUACAUCCACCUUGCGAUGGACAUUAAGAUUGUCUUAGGGAGGUCUGCAGAACACAUCACAGAGCACUCCAAGACUGUGAUGACCACUAUGGGGGAGUGGGAGCUGCUGGAUAUCACUGCGCAAGAAUACGACGGAGGACCUGACGAGAGUACUUUCAUUGAUAAACUUGCAUUUCAUAUCAGAGUGAGGCGUCGGGCCACCCUCUAUGUGGCGAACCUGCUGCUCCCCAGCUGCUUCCUCAUCACGGUGGACCUCUUCAGCUUCCUGCUGCCUCCCCAGAGCGUCGACAGGUCCUCCUUCAAGAUGACCCUCAUCCUGGGCUACACCGUCUUCCUGCUCAUCAUGAACGACCUGCUGCCCGUCACUGGAAACACCAUACCGCUCUUAAAUGUGUUCUUCUCUAUCUGCCUGGCUCUAAUGGUGGCCAGUCUAAUUGAGACUAUCCUCAUCACCAACCUGCUGUAUGGCUCCGCUGACUUCUCUCCCAUGCCUCGCUGGAUCCAAGUGUUUGUUCUGCAAAUUCUGGGCCGUCUCGUUUUCAUGCCUCCAAAGGCUAAAGAACCAAGAGAUUCAGACAAGAAACCCAAAGGUGUGGUGACUCAGCGAAAAGCUGAUGAGGGGCCUAUGGAGAAGAAGGGGCCUGUCGUGGUGGAGGGCAAGGCCCUUCAGGAGCUGAGGAGUCUGGGUAAAGACCUCCAGGCCAUCCGCCUCCAGGUGGAGCAGCAGCUCGGUGGAAGCCAGAGCUCGAAGGAAUGGAUCCAGGUGGGUUACAUCAUUGACCGCCUGCUGUUCGGCCUCUACAUCAUCUUCAUAUCAGUCAGCUUCAUUACCAUCAUCAUUAUUUGGGUGAACUCUUACUAGUGACUAGACAACUGCUGUCUGUUUUAAAGGGCUCCAUUUAUGUAGCUGGUGACUCACAUGCUUGUUGAAUUUUAACCAAUACAUUUUCAUUUUGUUGACUUGUUUGGUGCCAAGACAUUUAUGCAUAUUCUAAAGUUAUUGUAUGAUUGUUAAUAAUAACUAAAGGUGAAAAUAUCACUAUUGGACGUUAAAUUAACUCACCUACGUUAAUUAGAUGUAGUUCCAAGCAUCUUGUGUUAUAUUGUGCUAUUCUAAAAUGGAGGAAACCAUUGUAUA